AUGGUUAUACUUGUCUAUGACGAUAAAGACCUGGGAGACGGUGCAUUCGGUACCGUCUACAAGGCAACCAACACCAAGACGGGCGAAAUAGUCGCCAUCAAAAAAAUGAAGCAAAAAUACACCAAUUGGAACGAGUGCAUCGAGCUAAGAGAGAUCAAAUCUCUACGGAAACUCAACCACACCAACAUCAUCAAACUUAAAGAGGUCCUCCUCGUCUCGGAUGAACUCUACAUGGUCUUUUAGUACCUCGACUACAACCUGUACGAAGUCUACUCCAAAAUGAAGGAGGAGGGAAAGAAGAACAUCAUCUACCAAAUCGCCAGUGGCUUAGCCAGCAUGCAUAAAAAUGGCUUCUUCCAUCGCGACAUGAAGCCCGAAAACCUCCUAAUUUACAACAAUAUAGUCAAGCUAUGCGAUCUCGGACUGGCACGCGAGAUACGCUCUCGUCCUCCCUUCACGGAUUACGUCUCCACACGCUGGUGUUUAUUCCUAGCAAGGUACAGAGCCCCGGAAUUACUACUCCGCUCCACGAAUUACAACUCACCAGUCGAUAUAUUCGCACUCGGCUGCAUCAUGGCCGAACUAUACACCUUCUGUCCGCUUUUUCCUGGCACGAAUGAGGUCGAUCAACUUAACAAAAUCGUUAAAAUCCUUGGAACGCCUGAUAAAGCUGAUUGGCCUGAGGGGUACAAGCUCGCACAGUCUAGGAGUACUAGUUUCAAUAAUUUAGACUACUAUUUUGCAGAUGAGAAGGGAGUGAACCUUGGCGAGCUGAUCCCUGAUGCCUCCAUGGAAGCUAUCGACCUUAUUGAAUCCAUGCUUCACUACUCAUCUCGAAAGAGACCCACCGCUGCCGAGUAUUAUCUUCGUUUAUGCAGAAUCCUCAAGCACGACUUUUUCAAGGGAGUCAACGUCAUCGUUUCCGAAGGUGUUAAUAAAGAUCUUAUUUUUGAAGAAAAGCCAGCUGGCGCCAAAUUGGACACCCAAAAGGAGGAUAAGAAAAUUGACGUGUUUAGAGCUACCAAGGAGAAGUUCAAACAGACCAGAAAGCAUGAUGCCAUGUAG